CUCCAACCUUUGCUUCUGAAAUUUGAGACAGCCGCUUGGUGCAGGAUGUCGCAUGCGCUGUUCGAGACAGCCGCCGGCUAUGCGCUGUUCAGUGUCAGUCUACAGGAGGAGAUCGGACAGAAGACCAAAUCUGUGCAGGAGAGCAUCUCAGAUUAUGGCAAGUUCAGCAGGAUCGUCAAGCUUGCUAGCUUCUAUCCCUUCAAAGACGCCGCCCAUGCGCUCGAGAAUGCCAACGACAUCAGUGAGGGCAUCAUGAACGAGCACUUACAGUCUAUGCUCGACUUGGCUUUCGCCUCCAACAAGAAGUCUGUCGUGCUCAGCGUAGAGGACAGAGCCCUGGCAGGAGCAAUCAAAUCUGGUGUCGGCAUCGAGUGCGAUAGUUCAGAGAGAGCGUUGGAAGUCAUCAGGGGGAUCAGGACGCAUAUCGAGAAAUUGCUGCCUGACUUGCAAGACGGAGAUGUGGAGCGAGCUCAGCUCGGUCUCGGUCAUGCUUACUCGAGAGCGAAAGUCAAGUUCAACGUCAAUCGAUCCGAUAACAUGAUCAUCCAGGCUAUCGCAUUGCUGGACCAAAUGGACAAGGACGUCAAUACAUUUGCCAUGCGCGUUCGCGAGUGGUACGGCUGGCAUUUCCCCGAGCUCUACAGGCUCGUGCCUGACAACAACCAAUACGCCAAAGUUGUGCAAUUGCUCGGCGACAAGUCGAAGCUCACAGACGACAUACUGCCCACUCUCUCCGAGCUAUUGGACGACAAUGAGAUCCUCGCAAAGAACGUCCUCGAUGCCUCCAGAUCAAGCAUGGGGACCGACAUCUCGCCUAUCGAUCUCAUCAAUAUUUCCAACUUUGCAUCUCGCGUCAUACACCUGUUUGCCUAUCGAAAAUCGCUCCAAAUCUAUCUCUCUGAAAAAAUGGGUCUCGUUGCGCCGAAUCUGGCCAGUCUGAUCGGCGACACUGUUGGGGCAAGACUGAUAUCGCAUGCCGGCUCGCUCACCAACUUGAGCAAGUACCCCGCUUCGACCGUGCAGAUUUUAGGUGCAGAGAAGGCUCUAUUCAGAGCACUCAAGACAAAAGGCAAUACACCCAAGUAUGGUCUGAUCUAUCAUAGCACGUUCAUCGGCAGAGCAGGGCAGAAGAACAAGGGCCGGAUCUCUCGCUUCCUCGCGAACAAGUGCUCAAUCGCAUCUCGAAUCGAUUGUUAUGCCGACACACCAACGACCAAAUUCGGCGAAGCGCUGCGAGGGCAAGUCGAAGAGCGACUCGAAUUCUAUGAGAAAGGAUCCAAUCCGAGCAGAAACUCUGCUGUGAUGGCCAAGGUCAUGGCUGGCCUCGCAGCAGAAGGCGAAGUCAUCGGCGUGCAGGACGAGUCUAUCGUGCACGGCGGGGAAGUCGAGCUGAGCAAGAAGGACAAGAAGAAGAAGGACAAGAAGCGCAAGUCUGACGUCAUGGAGGUCGAUCAGAGCAUCGUCACAGAGUCUGGCGAGCUAGUGAAGAAGGAUAAGAAGAAGAAGCGCAAGAGCGAUGCCGACACGACGAUGGACAUCGACACAUCGAUCAGCAAGAAGAAGCACAAGAAGUCUAAAGAGGUUGCGGCAGAUGCUGCAGCUGCACCUAUCAUCGGUGAUGCGACGCCGGCUACCAGUCCAGUCAAAGAGAAGAAGAGCAAGAAGGACAAGAAAGCCAACGCGUGAUCGAUCGGCGCAUGAUGAUGUGAUCAUGAUGUACUAUCUUUGUAUGCAUUCGUAUAUUGCUGCAACGCCGACAGCUCGACAACAGCGCAG